GCGGGGCGGCGGAGGGAUUGCGGCGGCCGCAGCCGGGAUAACCUUGGGGCUCGGCGGCCGAUUCUCGCACAGCGGAGGGGCGUCGCGAGCUUCUACUUCGCUGUACGGUGGCAGUGCAGCUCGAGCGGGACCGCGCCGGAGCUCCCCUGGAUCCAGGACCUCAGCAGCCAUGUCGAAGCCUCACAGUGACGUCGGCACUGCCUUCAUCCAGACCCAGCAGCUGCACGCGGCCAUGGCUGACACGUUCUUGGAACACAUGUGCCGUCUGGACAUCGAUUCACCACCCAUCACGGCCCGGAACACUGGCAUCAUCUGUACCAUCGGCCCAGCUUCCCGAUCGGUGGAGAUGCUGAAGGAGAUGAUUAAGUCUGGAAUGAAUGUGGCUCGUCUGAACUUUUCUCAUGGAACCCAUGAGUACCACGCAGAGACCAUCAAGAAUGUGCGCGCAGCCACGGAAAGCUUUGCUUCCGACCCCAUUCUCUACCGGCCGGUUGCCGUAGCCCUGGACACCAAGGGACCCGAGAUCCGAACGGGGCUCAUCAAGGGCAGCGGCACUGCGGAGGUGGAGCUGAAGAAAGGGGCCACGCUCAAGAUCACCCUGGACAAUGCCUACAUGGAAAAGUGCGACGAAAACAUUCUGUGGCUGGACUACAAGAACAUCUGCAAGGUGGUAGAAGUGGGCAGCAAGAUCUACGUGGACGACGGGCUUAUCUCUCUGCAGGUGAAGCAGAAAGGUGCUGACUUCCUGGUGACGGAGGUGGAGAACGGUGGCUCCUUGGGGAGCAAGAAGGGUGUGAACCUCCCUGGGGCCGCUGUGGACCUGCCUGCUGUGUCGGAAAAGGACAUCCAGGAUCUGAAAUUUGGGGUAGAGCAGGAUGUAGAUAUGGUGUUCGCAUCUUUCAUCCGCAAGGCAUCUGACGUCCAUGAAGUCAGGAAGGUCCUGGGAGAGAAAGGGAAGAACAUCAAGAUAAUCAGCAAAAUUGAGAAUCACGAGGGAGUUCGGAGGUUUGAUGAGAUUCUGGAAGCCAGCGAUGGCAUCAUGGUGGCUCGUGGUGAUCUAGGCAUUGAGAUUCCUGCAGAGAAGGUCUUCCUUGCUCAGAAGAUGAUGAUCGGGCGGUGCAACCGAGCCGGGAAGCCCGUCAUCUGUGCGACGCAGAUGCUGGAGAGUAUGAUCAAGAAGCCCCGUCCCACCCGGGCUGAGGGCAGUGAUGUGGCCAAUGCAGUCUUGGAUGGAGCCGACUGCAUCAUGCUGUCUGGAGAGACCGCCAAAGGGGACUACCCGCUCGAGGCCGUGCGCAUGCAGCACCUGAUAGCUCGUGAGGCUGAGGCAGCCAUGUUCCACCGCAAGCUGUUUGAAGAACUUGUGCGAGGCUCGAGCCACUCCACAGACCUCAUGGAAGCCAUGGCCAUGGGCAGCGUGGAGGCUUCUUAUAAGUGUUUAGCAGCAGCUUUGAUAGUUCUGACGGAGUCUGGCAGGUCUGCUCACCAGGUGGCUAGAUACCGCCCCCGUGCCCCCAUCAUUGCUGUGACCAGGAAUCACCAGACGGCUCGCCAGGCCCACCUGUACCGUGGCAUCUUCCCUGUGGUGUGUAAGGACCCAGUGCAGGAGGCCUGGGCUGAGGACGUGGACCUUCGGGUGAACUUGGCCAUGAAUGUUGGCAAGGCCCGAGGCUUCUUCAAGAAGGGCGAUGUGGUCAUUGUGCUGACUGGGUGGCGCCCCGGCUCCGGCUUCACCAACACCAUGCGUGUCGUGCCUGUACCGUGAUGGGCCCCAGAGCCCCUCCUCCAGCCCCUGUCCUAUCCCCUUCCCCCACCCCAUCCAUUAGGCCAGCAAUGCUUGUAGUGCUCACUUGGGGGCUGUCACGUGGCACUGGUGGGCUGGGAUGCCAGGGAAGCUGAAUGCCCCUGUAAAACAUGACUGAUUUUUAGGACCCUGUUCGGGUGAGGUGACCCAGAGCUGGGUUGCACAUCGUGUGACCUCACCCAAGCAAGGGAUGAAGGAAGGGUGCAGGACUGGAAGCCCUGGAGUUUAACCUGGAGGGCAACAGCUCCUGCUUCUCCUCCUCUGCGUACUCCAUUCUGUUCCUGUAGAAAACAUGCUCAGAGAACUCCCAAUCCUGGCCUGGGGUCAAGAGACCACCAGCAAGAGUAGCAGCAUAGGGCAGUGGUUCCAGUUUAAGGAGACUGGCUCGGGCCCUUACUUGCUUCUCCACCCCACUCCGUCUCCCCCACUUCCCCCUUGUGCGUUGUGCACGUCUGUUCCUACACUCAGCUGUCGCUGCAGGCACACUCCACCCUCCAUUUUCCCCACUACUGCAGCCGCCUCCAGGCCCGUUGCUAUAGAGCCUACCUGUGUGUCAAUAAACAACAGCUGAAGCA